GCACUGGAUGUGGCGGCGGCAGGGGCUGGUAGAGAUGCUGGCUAUCACUGGCCCGCUCUUGUGGAUGGCCUGCAACGCCCUCACGAUAAGCUUGAUGCUUCUACUGGACUACUCGGCCGAUCUUCGGGCUCUGCACCCGAUGCUGACACUUCUUGGGCCCGACCUAGGGGAGAGCAGGUCGUUCUGCGUUGUAGUCUUGGCCAGCGAGACCGUCGUGAUCGAGCGGCGGGUUCGACGCCGCUUCCGAGAUCUGCGGAACGGUGCACAGGUGAAUGCCUGCGUCAGUACCGCGGUGUGCAUGUAUCAGUAUCUGCAGUCCGACUCCAGCCCACGGGAAACCUUGCUGGCUGUGGUUCUUUGCUUCGGGCUGCUCUCAAUAUUUACCAGCGCCGUCGCCUUGUCGUCUGAUUCCUUCCAGUGGGAACAGAAGCUGGAUCGGCACUUUCGCUGGAGCGUCCUGUGGAAGGUCGAUAUGCUAGCCAGCAAAGUCGUGUUGCUGGCCAUACCUCAGGCCAGCUCCGUGGUGCAGAUGGACUCUAUCAUGAGCUGUGGUUUCGAUACUUUCUGUCCCAGUCACUGCCUGGAUCAAGGUGGAUACUGCACACGCUCCAACAUUGCAGGCAGCCCGGUGUGCAAGUGCAGCAAGCGAGAGGUGAACUGGGCCGUAUACAUCCUGACCGCCAUUACCAGCUUCCUGCUGUGCACGCUCACGAUGGACCUGGCUGCGUUUUGGUCAGCCCGCCUGAUGCCCUGGCGCGAGUCCGGGCUGCGUCGGCUGAGAGGUGCUGUGGCACUGGUCGGGGCAGCUGGAGUGAACCUCACCAGCUGCUUCUUCGCCCUUUUGGUGUCCGUGGCACUGUUUUCCGUUCUUCCACUGGUUCCUUUGACACUCGUCGCCAACGAGGCAAGAUGGAUCCUCGCAACAUGGAAG